AAUACACUUGAGGGUGGAUAAUAAUAUAUUCUAGCGUGCAAAAAAAUUUGACUAUAAUAUAUUGAGGAGUUUUAGAAGAAACUGUCAAUAUUCGUGAAGACAUCGAAGAAGACGCAGUGAAAAUGGUUGGAACUUAUUGUUUCUUGUUUGGUGCUAUUGUAUUGGCUUCCAUCAGUAAUCCUGUGAGGGGUACAGCUGAAGUUAUGAGUCACGUUACGGCACAUUAUGGGAAAACACUUGAAGAGUGCAGACAAGAGUCUGGUCUGACUACGGAAAUCAUGGAAGAAUUCAAGCACUUCUGGAGUGAUAACUUCGAGAUCGUCCACCGGGAGCUGGGCUGCGCUAUGAUCUGUAUGUCCAAUAAGUUCUCGCUAUUGAAAGAGGACACCAGGAUCCACCAUGAUAACAUGAAUGAUUACGUGAAGAGUUUCCCUAAUGGCGAUGUAUUAGCCGCUAAGAUGGUUGAACUCAUCCACAAUUGCGAGAAGAAAUAUGAUGAUGUCGAGGAUGACUGCACUCGAGUCAUGAAGACUGCUGCUUGCUUCAGAAAUGAUGCAAGAAAGGAGGGUAUUGCACCAGAGGUCGCCAUGAUUGAAGCUGUCAUGGAGAGAUACUAAAACGACCAAAUUAAACUGAA